AGAUGUUGCAGGAAGACUAUCCCUUAUGGACCGGGAAUUUUGGGAGUUACAGAGCUGCUUUUUCCUUGCCUUCAGUGUGCUGCCAUGUUAUUCCAGAAGGCGGACAUAUGGUUGUUGGACACGGAUCAGAGAGAGGUUACCGCCCUAUCCAGAAAGUACUGCAAGGACAUAAAAAUGGGAAAUGAACCGAUCAUUAUGUUGAACUGUAUCUUUAUUAUGAACCUUUUUCCUUGUUGUUUUGUCAGUUUAAGAAUGUUCUUAUACUCUAACAAUCAAAAUUUCAAGCUGCUUGUACUAUUCAAAAUCUCAAAAGUUCGUUGCACAAGUACAUGAAAAUGGAUGAAUACAGUUUAUAAAAAAGACAAAAUGAGGGUGUUGUUAUAUUGAAACAGAAGAAUACUUCUUUUGUCUUCUUAUCCAACACAUCGUGCAAAUCAAAUUUUUUUUUGGCAUGUACCUUACAUUUAUAUGUACUAUUACAAUCAUAUCCUGAGAUUUUUCUAAUUCUACGAAUAAACGCAUCAUCAUAGGUGUAGAUACAACUGAUUGCUAUCACUUCUGCUUCGGCUUGGAUUAUCUUAAGGCACAUCUAUCUUUAACUUGGAGUUACAGAUAUGAUUCCUGAUUUACUACAAUACCCUAAAGCUGCAGAAAAGCUUGAUCCUGGACGUGCUAUCUCUAUGGAAGAUACUGAGGAUGAUGUAAGUUUCAAGAUAAUGUUCAGAGCUUUCUGUCCUCCACAAGCAGUUAAACACAACCCGUGUUUGGAGUAUAUCAAAUGCAUUAUCCUCCCCUGCUUCGGAAAAUUUGAGGUGAUCCAGGAGAGAAAUGGUCAUCAAAAGAUAUUCACAAACAUGGAAAUGCUUAUCACUGAAUAUAAAUGUGGUACUCUACAUGCUGCUGACACAAAGUUGGCCCUUGCGAAGGCAAUAAACAAAAUACUACAGCCUGUCCACGAGCACUUCAGAAACAAUGCGGAUGCCAAAAAACUGCGGGAAGCCAAUAAGGUGAAUAUCUGUUUAUAAUUUGAUAUUAUAUAUGGUUGAGCAGUCUGAACACUUCCGAUGUCUUUGAGUUGUCAUGUGUCGAUUUGAAUUUCACUGUGAUAAAUAAUUUGAACAGCUGCACUCGAGUCGCUGAAUCUUCAUUAGGUUUUCGUUUCUCCAUCCCUUCUUAAGUAGGUAUGUGUAACAUGAGAGUAUGAGACCAUGUGCAACGGUUCUGAACAGCUUUGGCUGAAGGGUUGCAUUUUGUAGCAUUGCUAGCUCUGAUGGUUCAGUUCACAUUCUUAUUAAUAAAGUUAGAUACAUAAUAUGCUAGUUCUGGAACUGGGUGGUGAUAGUCCUAUAGUGUCAGUACUAUACAUGGGCUUGUGGGUAGGUUUGAAGUACCCAAUUUGCAAGUUAAGUGUCCCUUAAUCCAUGCUAGUGGGCAGAUUUAUAUGAUUGGGUCCUAGUUAUAUUGGGCUGGGGAUUAACCAUUUAUGUCCAACAUUUUGGUUUUACUUAUUAGAGUAUAGAGCAGGUUCAACUGACUGAAACAAUUUGGUUUCUGUUGUGAGGGUUAGGUUGUAUAUGUGUGUGUGUUAUGAGGGUCAAAAUGUAAAAUACACAUCACCUGUAUAUCUCUGUGAGAGUGAAUGGAGAAACGAGUGAGUUCCAGAAAAUUCCCAAAUCCUCUUCGUGUUGCAACAUGGUAUCAGAGCAGGUGAUGUCGGGCGCCCCUUGCCGGCGGUGAAUCAGCCCCGGUGGUGGUUUGGACGGAGAGUGGGGAGCUCGGCUCGGGAUUGAUUGAAGGCGGCGGCAGCCGACUUCAAGCCCGCGAAGGUGGUGAACCAGGUGCUGCGGACAGGCGCGUCGGUGGUGGCAGAGGCGCUGGUGCCAGAGGUGUUUUCGGCGGUGGAAUAGGCGCAGGAGGAGGUUCCACUGGCGGCCUUGGUGGCGGCGCUGGUGGGGGUGCUGCUUUCAGUGGUGGAUUUCGUGGUGGUGCAGAGUUGGUGACGGCAAGGUGCCUGUGUACGAGAGGAAGGCCAGCGCUUGGGUGCUUGCUGUACUGGCCUGUAGCAGAGGAGAGAAGGGAGUGGUGCUGACUUGCUGUGCUGAUUGAAGAGAGGAGGAGCAGGU